AUGCAUUUCAAUUACAUCGCCUUGGUCGCUGGCGCUGCUAUCGCAGCUGCCGAUAGCACCGUCACCAUUUUCCUCCCCGGAUUCGACGCGCAGUCAAUCGAUGCGAAAAUUUUGGGUUCGAGCAAGUCAAUGACCACCUAUCUGCUUAACUGUCCGUCCAGUGAAGAUUCCAAUGACUGCGGUCUCCCCGACACAGGACUGCCAGUUACCGCAGACGCUUCCACCGUCAUCUUCACCAUGAUCGCGGAGGACGAGACAAUUGCCGAGACUUGCACAGUGGAAGGAACAACGUCCGCCGGCUGCUGGGCCACGGAGAUCACCGAAGGCUCAGCUGUGAGUACUAUCAGCACCAAAGUUGCCAUCGUGUCUCUCCCUUACGGCGGGUUCAUGCCUGUCCACGUUACCGCUACUGAAACCGGUGGUGCCUCUGCUACAACUGGUGCCUCUGUUUCCACUACCACUGCUGCUUCGACUGCUUCUGGAUCUUCUGGGGUUGCUUCUGAGUCUACCGGAACUGCUUCCGAGUCCACUGGUACUGCUUCGCAUGCUGCUUCCUCUACUCCGGAGGGUACAUCUACCUCUUCUAAUGCGGGUAUGCCCAUGAUGACUGCUAACCCACUCUGGGUUGCUGGUGGUGCUGCCGCUUUGGCUUUGGCUGCUAUCUAA